CGACGUCACAUUGACGUCACUGGGGAGCCUGGCCCGGCUAGCUGUCAUCCGCGGGGAAGGGAAGGGCAUGGAGCUAAAUCUCCCGAUGUACAGUUAUAUAUCCGUCGUAGCUUGUUGAAAGCACCCAGGGUUGUUGUUUAGGGGGGCAGUUGUUUCUGUGUACCGGGACAGCGGCUCUUUGUUUUUUAUUUCGUGGAACAAACAGGGGCUCGCUAAACCGGCUAGCUAGCGGGGGAGCUAACCCAGUGUAAGAGUUAAAAAGGUGGUUGAGACAGAAAGCCUCCGCAUGGCGUUAAUCCUGUUUACGAGGUCCCGGGCACCUUUAAUGAAAACGUCCAGGUCGUUAAAGAACGAAUUCAGGAAAGGGAAACUACAAGAUGGUGCCUGUUUCAACUGCACCGCGCUCAGACUCUCCAGUCAAAAACUUGAUGGACUCCGGCUCGGCAGCUUGUCCCAGGUCUCUUCAUCCAGUCCUUCCCUCCCUUUGUCAGAUGGCCCGGACUCACAGCGGCUCUACUGUGCCUAUGUGUUGGGGGCCUCUCCUUCACCGUACCCGGCUAUUACAACGGGAUCCCAGUGGACGAUAGCACGGCCACAGGACAUCACCGGGGUUCGGUGGAUACACACCUCGAGGAGGAGAUGGGACGACUCCAAGGUGGAGAAGUCACUGCGUUCGUUAAAGGACAAGAAGAAGAAACUGGAGGAAGGAGGGCCUGUGUACAGCCCCACACUGGACGCCAAACCUGUGAGAAGGACGGUCCGACAGUGGGUUGUAGAUGAAGUCAAGCACUACUACCACGGCUUCAGGCUGCUGUGGAUUGAUACCACCAUUGCUGGGCGCAUGCUGUGGAGAGUGCUGAACGGAAACCCCUUGUCCCGCCGCGAGAGGAGACAGUUCCUCAGAACAUGUGCCGACGUCUUCAGACUUCUUCCCUUCCUCGUCUUCAUCAUCGUCCCCUUCAUGGAGUUCCUCCUUCCUGUAGCUCUGAAGCUCUUCCCCAACAUGCUGCCGUCCACCUUCGAGACACAGUCAAAGAAGGAGGAGAGGUUGAAAACUGAGCUGAGAGUCAAACUGGAGAUGGCCAAGUUCUUGCAGGACACCAUCGAGGAGAUCGCUCUGCGGAACAAGGCUGCCCAGGGCAAUGUGACGGAGGAGUUCUCCACCUUCUUCCAGAAGAUAAGGAACUCUGGGGAACGUCCCAGUAAUGAGCAGAUCAUAAAAUUCUCCAAACUGUUCGAGGAUGAGCUGACUCUGGACAACCUGACCCGACCUCAGCUGGUGGCUCUCUGCCGUCUCCUGGAGCUCCAGUCCAUCGGGACCAACAAUUUCCUCCGCUUCCAGCUCAUCAUGAAGCUGAGGGCCAUCCGUGCAGAUGACAAGCUGAUAGCAGAUGAAGGUGUGGCGAGUCUGAACGUGAACGAGGUGCAGGCAGCGUGUCGCGUCAGAGGGAUGAGAUCUCUGGGAGUCACAGAAGAACGACUGAGGGAACAACUCAGCCAGUGGCUGGAGCUGCAUCUGAACCAGCAGAUCCCCACAUCCCUGCUGCUGCUGUCCCGAGCCAUGUUCCUCCCAGACACCCUUUCCCCCGCUGACCAACUGAAGACAACACUGCAGACGCUGCCUGAGAUGGCGACAAAGGAGGCCCAGAUGAUGGUGGCAGAGAUGGAGCUCUCCAAAGUGGACAAUAAGACCAAGCUGGAGACGACACUACAGGAGGAGGCGACCAUACGCCAGGACAACAAGGACAGGGAGAUGGAGAGGUUGGCGGACGCUGCAGAGAAAGCUGCCAGGGAGGGUGAGCUGGAGUUCGAAGAAGAGCCGAUUAGAGUCGACAAGGCUGCUCAUUCAGAGAUACUGAGGGAUACAGCACCUGUCAUAGAAGCAAUCAAGUUUGAACAGUGGCAGACAUUCCUGCGCUUCCAGGUCGAGGAGAUCACCAAAGAAGAGAUUGACAUGUUGAGUGAUGCAUGCUCAAAGCUGAAGGAGCAGAAGAGGCUGUUGACUCUGGAGAAAGAAGAGCUUGAAGAACUGAAGGAUGAUGUUCAAGAAUACAAUGAGGAUCUGGAAGAAAUAAAGAAGGAGCUUUCUAAGACCGGCCAAGAAAAGGCACUGGAGGAGUCGAAGGCGAGCCAGCGUCUGUCCAAGAGAGUAAACCGCAUGAUCGGUCGCAUUGACAAGAUAAUCCUGGAGCUAGAGAAGGACAAAGUUAUCCUGGACGGACAGAUGGACAGUGGAACAACCCCGCCUGUCGGAUUAUUCUUUACUAAACAUAGUGAUGCGACAAGUCUGUUCCACUCCUUCAGGGAGAACCUCAUCAGCAUCGACGAGUUGAUCAGCAUCAUGCGGCAGAUCCAGAACAUUCCAGAGCACAAGCUGCAGAGCAUCGCGGACGCUCUCGACGACAACAAGGAUGGGAAGAUCGACAUCGACGACGUCAUCAAAGUGGUGGAACUGAUCGACAAGGAGGACGUCGACAUCUCCACCUCUCAGGUGGCUGACAUCAUGGUGAUGCUGCAGAAGGAGGGGAAGCUGAUGGAGAAGGAAAAGGCCAAGGAUAAGGCAGAAAAAGAAAAGGCAGCCACACUCAACAGCUAACUCACUUUCCAUAAAGACACUCGUAGAACUUGUAAAAAAAAACAACAACAAAAGAACGACCACUGAGAAGUUUGUGACUGGUACAGAAAAGUCUGGACGCCAGACCAUUCUGGACAAGUCGAGAGAGAGUCACAAGGUAACAGCUGCCUUCUCAAAAUGUAAUUUCACCAUAUAUUUAACUCUUAAAAAUAGUUUAAAAAUGAAGAAGGCAUAUUGCCUUUUCAACGCACAAAAUCUAAAAGAAAUUUAAAUUGCCAUUAAGUUAAACUCUUCUGGACUGAUCGUUUAUUAUAUGUUGAUAUUUGGUUUUGUGUAGUUUUAUUGCUAGAGGGAACACAAUGACAUGAAACCGCGGUUGUUCUCCCAACACUUUAGAGAUGGAAAAGGGGGAAAUUGAUCAAAGCUUACCUUUGGAAAAUAAUAUUAGGAGAUUGUUUAAAGUUUGAGGUGAACCGUCUUGCCUUUCAUUUCAUUUAUGUCAUUAUCUCAGAGAAAUGAGAGAUCAUUUCUGGAUUUUGCACAAUAACAAUCAUUGUCAUCACCAUAAUUUCUUUUUUUGUUUAUCUAUCAUACUCCCUUAUUGUAAAGUAACAUGUUAUUUUCCAUGAAUUGUACCUGGACAGGGUAUCUUAUCGCUGGCUAUAGGUCGUUUAAAUGGUGGCUGCAACCAAAUAUAUCAUUACUCAACAUAGAAACCAUCAAAUUAUGUGUGCAGGUUUAAUGAGUUGAAAUUAAAAAUUCUAUAUUCAAAGUCUAACAAUAAAAAAAAGUCAUAGCUUUAAGCUCAUCCUUCCCACUGAAACAGAUGUAAAUGGAGGAGGAUUCAUGCUGGAGAAGUGUUGGAUGUUUGUCCAAAAAAAGCCAAAGACUGACGUUAGCAACAUUUACACCAAUAUUAAUAAUUACUGUACUAUAAUUCCUAAUUUUGUACUUAUUGCAUAAUAAUCUUUUGUCUCAUUUUAGCACAGCUCUUCAUAUAUAUUCCUAUUGUGUUCUAUAGCUCUCUGUAAAAUGCCAAAGUUGCACUGUGGCACAUUUAAUAACAGAUUCUGAUUAUUCCCUAAAAUAAACAAACCAGUUACUGAUAGUAAUGAGCAGUGAGGAUCAUAAUCAGUAUAGGGACACUAAACCAGCACAUCCAAGAGGUAGAUUUCUGUUCCAGCAAGUAAACGUUAGUUGUUCGGUUGUUGUCUGGUCAGAGAGUGAAAGUGGCUUUUUGUGAAUGUUAAAUAGUUCUGUGCGCAUGAGCAGUAAUAACCGUGGUAAUCCAUAGUUCAAAUGCAAAGUGGCCUUCUCUUGACACAGAUAUUAUGGAUCAUACACUGUUGUAUAUUUAUUUUUUGAGUAUUUUAAGACAAUGGUAGAGCUCUGAUAUUGUUCUCUUUGAGGAUUUACUUGAUGUCAUUGGAUGAACUCAGUUGUAGAUUGUUGAGGCACAAACUGAGUCCUCAGUUUUGUUUCAUUUGCACUGUAGCGGUGAAUGUGUGCGGGUUGUAAACAGAAAGUGUUGAUUUCAGAUAGUAUUCUAGUCAACUGCUGACCAUUAUGUUUAUCUUGCUCUGGUAUUUCUUCAGCUGUGUUCACAUGGCAAGCAGCUUGGCCAUUGUAUUUUAUAUUCCAAUUAUGGCUGCAACUAACGAUUAUCUUGAUCACAUUUGACUCAUUUGGUUUUAUCAUUUAAUAUGUAAAAUUUGACAAAAAUGCAUGACAGGAGCCCAGGGCCACAUUGUUUUGCUGGACCAUCUUUGGGUUUCAUUUCUAAUUUUAGACGUCGAAAUCAGCUAAUGUUCAACAUUUUUGCAUAAUAAAUUACUUCUACAAGUAAUAAAUGAUUAAAACGUAAUGUUCUGUCAAUAAAGUCAUCAAUUAAUCAAAUCAUUUCAACAUUAAUUUCAAUCAAUGUUGGUCAAUGUAAAAAGCUUUGUAACGUUAAAAUAUUUGGAGUAAAUUUCAUCAAUUAAUUUAUAUGAAUAAAAACCUCCAUGCUUAGCUUUUAAGACUUUUACCUCUCUAGUCUAUCAAAUAACUAGAGCUGAGCAACCUGCGCCGAUGACUGCAAUUCAAAGCUUUCCAAAGGAAAUAGAUGGACUUUAUCAUGUUGCUUGCAGUGUGAACCCACAGUAAAGGGUUGAUCCACCUUUACUGUUGAAUUGAAUUGAAUAUUGGUGAGUGUGUGGUCAUAGUCAUCCCUCAGUAACCAGAGAAGAGCUCAGGUGUGAACAUAGAAGACAGAGUGGUACUUGAGAUAACGCUGAGUGGACGAUGCUCCAUUUAAUCCGUUCCCGGAAUCCGCUGUCAGACGUGCGGAUGAUUAAGAAGGCGUUCGUCUUCCAUCAGGCACUGUCCCCAGUUCAGGCCCAGCUCUGCCUCGCCUGGGACCAGUCAGACUGAUGGGUGCACGGUAAACACUCGCCCCAUACAUGGGCCAAAGCCAGCCCUAGCGGAGGGUUGUGUUUAGGUUAGAGACGAUCCAGCGGGACAUGGCACGCUCUCUGCUGCAUAAAUCAGCAGUCAGUGUAAACACGUCACGGGAACGUUCUGACAACUUCUCGAUUACACUUGGCAGGAGAGAGUGGUGUUUGUGUCCCUGCGCCUUACAGGUCGGACUCAGGGCAGCGCUGUGUACAUUAGCAGCACUGCCACUGUUUCUAGGCAUGGAGGGCUCAAAGGUCGAGUGAGGGAAUUACCAGGGUAUGUAAGGAUCAUGGAGAUCAAUACUUGAAGUUCCAGUGUGGGCUUUGAGAGGUUUGGGAGGAAACCAGGAAAGAAAUACACCAAAAAGGUUGACCCUUACUCUGCUCAACAUCAUCAUCCGACGAGGUGUUGUGCUGUCACACCUACAUCUACUUUUUACCUGGCAAUUGUGGCAACUGAGAAUAAAUCGAUUGUUUCUGUGAUAUUUCUCCACAGUUGUAAAAGCUUCCCUUAUACUAUUGUCCAGUGUUUUAUUAACCUUCAAACGCACCAGAAGAGUCCGGUAGAGAGAACAAUUAGUCGAUUACUCAACUGGCAGAAAAUUAAUUGGCAACUUUAUGAUAACCGAUUAGUCAUUUACAGUAUUUUUCAAGCAAGAAUGCCAAAAAUUCCCUACCUCUAACUUCACAAAAAGAAGAAAAUAAGCUGAAGAUGAAUCGAUUAUGUUUCCCAGAAGACAAAUGAUCUCGAAAAUAUGAAAAGCUGUUUGUUUGUUUAAGCCUAAUCAGGGGUUUAUUCAUUAUUUUCACUCCUUUUUUAGUAUUAAUCUCUUAAUCACUUAGUCUACAAAAUGAGAAAAAAUGCCCAUCACAAACUCUCAGCGCCGAAGCCGACAUCUUUGAAAACCCAAACAUAUUUAGUUUACAAUGAUAUAAAACUAAAGCAACAAAACCUCAUAUUUCACAAGUUGGACGUAGCGAAUGUUUGGCAUUUUUUGCUUAAUGAAAAACUUUCUGCUCUUAUGUGCAUAAAAUGUGAUUUUACUAAGUCCCAAAACAGUCCAGAUAUUCAAUAUUCAAUUUAGAAACAGAAAAUCACAAGCAGAUUCUUACAUGUGAGGAGCUGCGACCAGAGAACGUCAUUUCUUCUUUAUAAAUAACUUAAAAACUUCACCAAUUAUCAGAGUAUUAGAAUUCGGACUCAAUUUGUGUCACUGCAGUCCUCUACUAUCAUGCUGGUAUAUUCUUUGUGAGGAAUAUAUUUCAGCUAUUUAAGUCAGUAAUGUGACAUGACAGUCAUAUUUCCCACAUGCUACCAGGAUGUGAUUAUGAGAUAUGAAAACCUGUCAAACCUUCAAAUGCAUUCAAGAAAUCCUGGAAAAAUGACUGAAAAGGAGACUAUGCAGGAACCCAUCAGCAGAAUGCCACAUGCCAGUCACUGAAUACAGACCCAAAACAAAACCAGUAUGUUUCCAGUAUAUUUCCUCUGACAUCUCUUAGUUACAAAACCCUGAAACGAAGGCUUCUGCAGCCGUGCGUGGUAGUUUAUGAUUGUGUGUCCUCGUCUUUGGCUGCGGUGCGAGGAGUCGAGCAGUGUUUCUACAGCUCACCGCUGGCAGCAGUGUUGCACUGUGUUGUUGAAGCUGCUAUCUUUAAAGAGAGUAGAGAACACCUAAGGGAGGAGGAAAGGAGAGAUGUAGUUGGCAGCGAAAGAAUUAUGACAGCGAAGAUAAACCAGUAGUUUUUCAUUGUUGACAGAGUCCAGUAGCCAAGCCAAGAGUCGUUUUCUGCCUUGCUUUUACUUUUUAGUGACUUUAAUUUGAUACUUUAGACUAGUUAGAAUAAGAAGUGGAUGAUUUUUAGCUCGCUGUCAUAAUUCUUCGACUGUUCUCCGUGGAGUAUUACCACUGUGUAAAUGCACUAUUCAUUUUUGAUACAGAUAGUCGUGUAUUAAUGUUUGGACUCAGGGUGUGAACGUCCAGUCUGAUGUUGUUUGAGCAGCUUCAGCACCAGCAGGGAGCUGAGGUUGGCACGCUGUGACCUACGAUACAGACCGUCCUAAAGGAUUCCCGUUGCGUUUGAGGAGUUGUAGAUCUUGUGUACUAGAAGAACAAAUUUUUAAAGCAAUAAGUCAUUUAUGCAUCAUGUAUCUCUUUGAAUUUUGUUUUUCUCCCCUUUUGAAGUGGAACAAGUGUGUUUAAUUUGUUGAAAUGAUAUUGUAAUAUAUGUAAUUUAGAAGUUUGAGUUCUGCUUCUCUUCUUUAUCAGGCUGAUAUUCUACUUAUGUGGGUGUUGGUGCGCUUCUAGUUGAUUAUUGUAUUGACUUUUUGAAGACGGAUGUACCCACGUUCUUUUCCUUUUGUAAGUAUUUUGCACUAGCCCUUUUUAUCACUAGCUACUUUUUGUAGAAUGAAUAAGAACGUGACUUUUCUCUUGAGGUGGAAGUAAGGCGUCUGAAAGCAGGACCAGCAGGGGUUUUUAAGUCUGUCAGCUUCUGCAGAUACAGACCUUAAAAAAGGACCAGCUCAGACCUCUCUCAGGUUCAUACGCAGCUCUGGAAACUGAAAAUGAAAUGAAAAAUAGGUGUAAAAAAAAUAUAUUUAAUUGCAUUUUAGUGCAGCCACCAUUGUUUAACACAGGAAACUUGAUGUUCUGAAGUUGUGUUCAGGCUGAAAGUGAAGCAAAUUUCCCUCCGCUCUCUGAUUCAUAAUAUGCAAGACUAUUUUGGUCAAGUGGAAAUGGAAAGGAGCGUUUUGAAGUGCGUCGCCUUCUGUCUGAACACACAAUAAAGAAUAAUUUUCAGCUUGUAAAUGUUUAAAAGCCUCAUGUUAGGGCAGUCACCAUCAGUUUACAUGACAUUAAACCCCAAACAAAUUAAAAAGUAUCAGUCCAGUGUUGAUCUAUUGAGGUUUUAGAAGAAAACAACAACAGAAAUCAGGAAAAAUCUCUCCUCAGUUUGAAAUGUGAGGGGACAUGUUGCAGUAUAAUCUCUUAACCUGGGUACUUUAUGCUUUUGGAAUUAGUUAGUGAAUCAAUCUAAAACACUUCCGACUGGAGUUUUUGUUUUGGGAUAAUUAUCGUGUUUAUUUAUUUAUUUAUUUAAUCAAAUUUAAUGUUUUUUUUUAUUCAUCUAGACCAGAACUGGAUUUAAUUUUAGUUGAACUUGAAUCUAAAAUGUAUUUUAAAAAAAAGCCUCAGUUUUCUUUUUUCACUCAUCAAGUGUUCAUGUAAAGAAACAUUUACAAAAUGAAUCAUAAGUGUUGAAUAAAUUAUGGAUGAUCCUGGA